AUGAAAGGUGACUUGCUUUUGGUUUCAAGUAUCAUUGUACUAAUGCAUAUGGUAUGUGGAUGCCCCGAAAAGUGCCUAUGUCAUCAAACUUCAAAGACAGUGGACUGCAGGAAUCAAGGACUUGUUGAAAUUCCCUCCCACGUACCUCCUGAAACUCUAAUAUUACAGUUGCAGAAUAACCAUAUUUGGAGAAUUAAUCAAAAUGCAUUCAGUGAAACCCCUUUGCUCAAAAUUUUAGACUUGUCUAAUAAUUCUGUUUCAAAUUUGUCAUCGGGUGCUUUCCAAGGACUACGAUACCUACAGGUUCUAAACCUAACCAAGAACUUGAUUCAUUACCUAGAAAACAAGACUUUUAGUUCCCUCCCUCAAUUAAAAGAACUGGAUUUGUCCUCCAACAGUAUAUUAAAUUUGCCUGAAACUCUAGGAAAUAAUACAGGGAAUAUAACUUUAUUGUCUGUUAAGUAUAACAAGCUUCAAAGACUGGACAGAAUUCUGCUGGAAUCCCUCCCAAAUCUGAAAGUUGUUCUUUUCAAGAAUAAUCCAUGGCAAUGCACUUGUCAUGUCAUUGGCCUUAAACUGUGGCUAGAGAGCUUUUUAUACAGAGGAGGAAUAAGUGAUGGCAUUAUAUGCUCAACACCAGAACAUCGGAAGGGAAAGGACCUCCUCAAAGUUCCUUAUGAGAUGUACAGGGCAUGCCCUCCCUCAGCUGCUCAUGUUCAUCUGGCUAAUCUUCAUCACCAUAGCUCUGAGCACAGAAGUUCUCUGAAGCACACUCAUCACAAUGAAAAUGGAGAAAGUAGCCAUUCAGACUGUGAACCUAAACCGAAGCCAAGGCCAGUUAGUUUGCGUCAUGCAAUCGCCACUGUGGUAAUAACUGGAGUUGUCUGUGGAAUCGUGUGUCUAAUGAUGUUGGCAGCUGCUGUGUAUGGUUGUGCCUAUGCUGCAAUUACUGCUAAAUACCACAGAGAACACUUGGCCCCAGUAACCGAGCAGGGGAGUCCUGAGGAAAAAGAGCCAUUUGAUAGUUCCUUGGCUUAAGUUACUUUUGGUCUUUGGUUUCACUCAAGUAAGACUCCUCGUUUCAAUCAGAAGCUUAGUGUCAAGUAGGAUUGAUUUACUUGUUACUCCUGUAUUUUGCUUUUUCACAUUAAAACAGUUUCUGUAAAAUAGACAUUCAUUCCUGGGAAGCAAUUUAUGUUGAGAGGUUAAAUAGAUGAAAUAAAUAUAUUAUUUAUGUU